AUGGCGGUGGCCGCGCUGGCGGCUGCGGGCGUCGGCUACCUGUUCGUGAGCACGGAGCGCCAGAGCGACCAGGAGAAGCAGCAGCGCGAGCUGGAGAUCCAGCGAGAGCGCAAGCUCAGCGAUCGCCUGGCGGCCGAGCUCGUGGCGGCCGAGGCCAACCAGAACAAACUGGACUGGAAGGCCACGCUGGAGCGCGUGGUGCCGGCGAUCGUGUCGCUCAAGCUCAAUUCGCCCAAGUUUUUCGACACGGAGUCUCCAGGCAACGGAUCUGCGACGGGCUUCGUGGUUGAUGCCGAGAAGGGAAUCAUCCUCACGAACCGCCACGUCGUAGGACCAGGACCCAUUGUAUGCUGCUCUAAUCUUGCGAAGCCGGAAAAGAGGCUGGAUAUUUUUUUUACUGACGAGCUGUUGUUUAUGGAUUGCGCUGUGCAGGAUGCUGAGGCUGUAUUCCAGAACAACGAGGAAGUUCGAGUCAUUCCCAUUUAUCGCGAUCCGGUGCAUGACUUUGGCUUUUUCCAGUUCAAUCCAGCGGAUGUGAAGCACAUGUCGGUGCCGUCGCUGCGACUGGAGCCGGACAAGGCCACCGUUGGGACGGACAUUCGCGUGGUCGGCAAUGACGCUGCUGAAAAGCUUGCGAUUGCUAGCGGCACGUUGGCACGACUGGAUCGCGAUGCACCCAAUUACGGCUACAACAACUACAACGACUUCAAUACGUUUUACUACCAAGCUUCGUCAGGAACCACGGGAGGUUCUUCUGGUUCCCCGGUGCUUAACCACGACGGUGACGCUAUCGCUCUUAACGCGGGCGGGAAGAUUGGCACGUCUGCUUCCUUCUACCUGCCCCUAGAUCGUGUAAAGAGAGCGUUCGAUUUAAUCAGAGAGGGUAAGGACGUGCCUCGAGGCACCAUCCAAACGAUCUUCAACUACAAACCCUUCGACGAGGUGCGCCGACUUGGCGUAGACCCCGCCACCGAAAGACUUGUUCGCUCCUCCUUCCCGUUGGCGACAGGUAUGUUGACGGUAGCUGAAACGAUCCCGGGCGGCCCAUCGAGCAGCAAGUUGCAGCCAGGCGACGUGCUGAUUCGCGUUAACGGUGAACUGAUCACGCGCUUUGUCCCGUUGGAAGCCAUUCUCGACGAAAACGUCAGCGAAGAGAUCGAGCUUCAAAUUGAGCGAUCCGGCGAGUUGGUGACGCACAAGCUACAAGUGCAAGACCUGCACGCCGUUACUCCGUCGCGUUUUAUUGAGAUCGGCGGUGCGGUGAUUAACCCACUUUCGUAUCAACAAGCACGAAAUCAUGCAAUGAGCCCUGGAGCGCCGUACGUGGCGGACCCGGGUUACUUCCUGCAGCGUUCUCGCAUCGGCCGCGGCGCUAUCAUCCACUCGGUGAAUGGGAUUAAGACACCCGAUCUCGAGACGCUUAAGAACUAUUUGAAGCAGUGCAAGGACCGGGAUCGCAUCGUGGUCAAAUUCUCGAAGCUGACGGAUAAGCCGGAGAAGGUCGAGGUCGUGCAUGUGGAUCGGAGGUGGUUCCCAUUCUGCGAGUACGUGCGCGAUGAUAAGCUCGGCACGUGGCAUUGCGAGCACUUCGCCCCGCCCGCUGAAAGCACGGGUACAGAUGCCAAGCCUUCUGGAGAAAAAGAACCGAUUGGAUCGACAACGACACUGCCUGGUAAGAACCCGGUGGAGAACAAGCUAGCGCGCUCGCUAGUAACCGUGGACUUUGAUCGCCCAUUUAGCGUGAACAGCUUGUCAACAUCGAACUACCGUGGCACAGGACUUGUGAUCGAUGCGGAAAAGGGACUCGUGGUGGUGGAUCGCAACACCGUCACUGACUCGAUGGGUGAUGCUAUGGUAACCUUCGCCAGCACUAUCAUGGUUCCAGCGCAUGUGGUUUUCGUGCAUCCGGUGCAUAACUUUGCCAUUGUACAGUACGACCCCAAGCUCAUUGGGUCAACCCCUAUUGAAAGUUGUCAAGUGGCAUCCAAGCCGUUGGUACCCUCCGAUCCGGUGUGGCUCGUGGGUCUCAUGAGCAGUGUGGGGCGCAGCGGCCACUCGGAUCUCGUAUCCCGGGAGACCAUCGUAUCUGGCGUCAAGUGGAUUGGGUUGCCCAUGCCCAACCCACCUCGGUAUCAGGAACACAAUCUUGAAAUGGUGGCUUUGCAGGAUGUCGUUGGAACUGAAGGCGGAGUUGUAUGCAGUGAUAAGGGCGAGGUGAGUGCUUUUUGGGCUUCGUUCUCGUUCCAGCAGCAGCGCCGUAGCUCCAAGGUGGAAAGUCAGUUUAACCGCGGAAUCCCGAUGGAGCUGAUUAUGGAAAGCGCGGCACCGCUCAUGCGAGGUGCGACGCCCCGAAUUUUCGAUCUGGGGGUGGAUUUUGAGCACUUGAGCUUGGCAAAGGCUCGGGAACUUGGGCUUGGGCAGGCGCUAGCUGAGAUUUUGGAGAAGGAUGCGCCAGACCGCCGAACUAUCUUGAGUGUUGCGCGUCGGUGGGGUGGCACGGAGGCGAAGGAUGUGUUGAAGAAUGGCGACAUCUUGGUGGCUGUGGACGGCAAGAUCGUUACAAGCUUCCGCGAAGUGGAGCGUUGUACGCAGAAGCCGGAAGUUCAGCUUACGAUUGUGCGAGAUGGACGCGAAAUGCAGUUGGAUGUGAAGACUCUUUUCAUGGAGCGCACGGAGAUCAACCGCAUUGUCUUCUGGCAGGGUUUGCUUCUUCAGGCACCGCCUCUGUCGGUAUCAGCGCAGCGCAGCAUCUCACUGGAGGACGGUAUCUAUGUGUCUUGCCGAUACUCGGGCUCACCUGCUGCCCGCUACGGCCCUCCACCCACGAGUCGGAUUAAGGAAAUCGAUGGCGUCAAGAUCACAAGUAUCGACGAUUUCGUGCGCGUCGUCACUGCAAAGUCAGGAAAUGACUCGGUGCGCAUCAAGUACACGGAUCUGAGUGGUAAGGACCGCCUCAGCACUCUCAAGCUUGAGCCGAAGUACUGGCCCACCAGCGAACUGGUGCACGAGGGAGGCGAAUGGCAUCGCCACCAGCUCUGA